UAUACGUUGAUGAAUUGAAUUGUUAAAAUUAGAAAUACCAAAAAAAGCUUAAUUUUCGUUGACUCCAAUUCCUUCCACAAUUUCACAAUCAAAUUGUUCAAUGUUGCAAACAAAUUUCAUUUGUUUUUCUCUUGAAAUCGUUGGAAGUUGGCACAAUGAAUUUUUUGAUGCGUUCUACAUCAAUCGUGUAUUCAGAACACAUACCGAUUCCAGAAGCUCGUGUUGAUGUUCAUCAUAGGUCAGCAUCUGCUGGAUCUUAUUAUGAAAAUCAUAAACCUGAAGUUCCAUAUUCAAAGGUUGAUUUGAAUUCAAAGCAUCAUGAUUUACCGUUUGUAGUUGUUGAUAAACACAUUGAUGUUUCUGAAGAACAAGGAUGGAUUACCAUUCCAUGCAAGGAACCUCCUGAAAAUUGGGAUGAUGUGCCAGAUAUACAAUCGCUGCUCCCUCUUGACCGUUCCUUUAUUUUUCCGGGUGAACAAGUUCAUAUCUUGGCAUGCUUGUCUGCAUGUAAGCAGGAUACACAGAUUACUACUCCAUUUGAAGUUGCUACAACGAAAACUAAGAAUGACAAAGGUCAAAGUUCCGAGAAAGAAAGUGGAAGCAUUGAAAACAUAAAUAAUUUAGUAUCUGUAGAAGGAGAAUUGAGUACCGGUGGUGAAGAGAAGUCGAGAGAUAUUUUUUAUGGUGACUCCCUUGUUGACAUGGAGGAGGUUCACAAAAGACAAACUGCAUUGUUGUUGCAAAAAUUUGAAAAUUCUCAUUUCUUCGUGAGGAUUUCUGAGUCCAAUGAACCCCUUUGGUCCAAAAGAAGCUCUGUAGAUAAUAAUUCCUAUUAUUCUGAAGCAAAUGGUCAAAAGACCCCGAGAAUUAAAACUAAAGAGAUUGCAUUCCCUUCUACUGAUGCAAUUAUUGAUAAAGGAAAUUUUGAUGCAAGUACUUGUGGUGGAGUGGCGAGAAAUUCUACCAAGUGUUUUGCUUUACCUAAUGGAGACAUAGUGGUUCAUUUACAAGCGAAUGUUAAUGUAAGUUCUCUUAAAGACCCUUGUAUAGAAAUUCUCCAAUUUGAAAAGUGUCGGGAGAGAACGACGUCUCCUGUAAGACAGAUGGAUGCAGUUUGUACAAAUCAAGAUCCAUGUGCAGAGCUGUUAAAUUGGAUAUAUCCUUUGGAAAAUGGGAGGGCUCCUAUUCGCCCAGUACCUCCUCAUCAUUUAACUUCAAAUUCGGGAAUUGGUAGCACUUCUCAAUGGUCCAACUAUCCAGCACCAACUGGCUCGCAUUUAUUCGGUUUUGGCAAUUUUAGAAGCUACUCCAUGUCAUCAUUACCGCAACCUACAAACCCACCGAGUAUUCCUCUUAAAGCAGCUAGUUCUAAGCCAAGCUUUGACCCAGAGGAUUUGGAUCAAAUUUCAUCUCCAAAAGUUUUUUGGAAAAAAAUGGGGGUAGACGAACUUUUAUCUUUUCGAGGUGUCUCAUUGGAGCGAGAUAGGUUUUCUGUUUGUUGUGGAUUAGAAGGCGUCUAUAUACCUGGUAGAAGGUGGAGAAGGAAACUUGAAAUAAUUCAACCUGUAAAGAUUCAUUCUUUUGCUGCUAACUUAAAUUCAGAGGAUCUUCUUUGUGUUCAGAUAAAGAACGUUGCUCCUGCACAUGCACCAGAUAUUGUGAUAUUUAUAGAUGCAAUAAAUAUUAUUUUCGAGGAGUCUACAAAAAAUGUAGCAGUGUCGUCAUUGCCAAUUUCAUGUGUUGAAGCUGGAAAUGAUCAUUCUUUACCAAAUCUAGCCCUCAGGAUAGGUGAAGAACAUUCUUUUAUCCUUAAACCAGAAACUUCUACGUUGAAGAGUCUCAAAGUUCAAGAUAAAAGAACUUCCCGUUUGUUAAAGCUACCAUAUGGAAAUAAAACAUCAAAAUACAAUAUUGAUCAAUAUGCAAUUAUGGUGUCAUGUCGAAGCAAUUAUACAUCAUCAAGGUUUUUCUUUAAACAACCAACUAGUUGGCGACCACGAAGCUCGAAAGAUAUUAUGAUCUCGAUUGCAUCACAGAUGUCAGGAAAACCUCAAGGAGCGUAUGAAAAACCUUAUCGACUUCCUGUGCAGAUCUUAACUCUUCAAGCUUCAAAUUUGACAUCUGAAGAUCUAACUUUGACAGUGCUAGCUCCAGAUUCACUUACUUUACCCCCUUCAGUGGUUUCCCUGAAUACACCGAGGACUCCAAAGAGUCCUUUUAUUGGUUUCGCAGAGUUUUUAGCAAGAGCAAAUGGUGAAAGAAGUAUUGGUGCCAAAUGGAAAAAGGGAUUCAAUUCUAUUAUUGAAAAAAAGGAGGAACAAAGUUAUGAUCACAAAGCUCAGGAAAUUUCUUUGAGCGAUGAUGUGAUUCCUAGUUCGGGUAUUACUUGUACACAUCUAUGGCUGCAAAGCAGAGUUCCACUCGGAUGUAUUCCAUCUAAAUCCGUAGUCACCGUCAAGAUUGAACUACUUCCAUUGACUGCCGGCAUAAUUACACUGGACACUCUACAAAUCGAUGUCAAGGAAAAAGGUGUUGCCUAUAUUCCUGAAUGCUCCCUGAAGAUAAACUCAACUUCCUGCAUUUGCAAGGGGAUGUAGAACGGACACGUUUAGCUGUUUGCAUACCUUUCUGCAUUUUUUCUGGUGCAGUGUAAACAAAAAUGAAUGCUUUGGCUCAACUAACUCCAUUUCAUAAUUGUUGAUACGACCUAGAAGAAAAUAGGAUUUGCUUUCAUGACCUUCAAAAGUGCUAUUGCAACUUACUAUCAUUGGUAAACCAUCAGUCACCUGGUACAUAAUUGUGGCAAAGUUAGCAUUUUCGAUUUGUGCUGAAUUCAUUUUAGCUCUGUAGACCACUAGUUAGCUCGAAUAGCGGCUUCUUACACCCUCUCCCUUUAAGGGGAAAAAUGUAUAUUUUUAUAUAUAGGCUUUUUUACUCUUCUUGAGUGGAAAAAGAGAGUGCGUGUUGAUGCAUUGCACCAAACAACUGCGACGUAGUGCUUGCUGAUUGACCAAGUUUUUCGGAUGUUCAUACUUUAUUUUUGGAUGAAGGGAAAUGAAACGAAGAGAAAGAUAUGUAAAUACUUCAAAUUUGAAUGAAGAGAGAGAGUGUCAUUCUCAUUGAGAAAAUGUUGGAUAGUACCUAAAGCUUUUUUGUACAUUUUGUACAAAAGUUAUAUAAUUUUAAUUGUAAGUGAUUUUUUUUUAUUACGUUUUAUUUCAUGAUUUCUUUAUUUUCUUUCACAUGUAUCAUCUCUCUUAUAUCAAUAUUUUGUAUUAUUUGUUUCACACCAAAUACAAAACUCUUCUUCAUAUUCAUGAAGAUGUUUAAAAUGAAAAGAUUAACAUAGAUUAUGCAAUUGUAAGUUUUGAAUUAUUUAAU